AACCCCGGCAGUUUUCUAAGCGUCUCUCUCCACCCAACCCAGCAGAGUAGACAUACACAAAGAAAAUAAACAGAGAAAGAGCAUACUAAUCCUUUAAACAUUUUGUGAAAUAGCUAAAUUAAAAAGUUUCCGUGAUGUCCUAAAAAUAAAACUAGACCAAGGAAAACAGUAAACAUGGCUACCGAAAAGUUUUGUUUAAAGUGGAAUGACUUUGAAAGUAAUAUUAGUGUCGCGUUUCGAGAUUUACGAGAUGAAAAAGAGUUCUUCGAUAUCACGCUUGCUUGCGAGGACAAUCAAAUACAAGCGCACAAAGUGAUAUUAAGCGCGUGCAGUCCUUUCUUUAGGAAUAUGUUAAAAGUUAAUCCACAUCAGCAUCCACUUAUAUACCUCAGAGGUAUGAAGUUUGCUGACCUGGAGUCUGUGUUAAACUUCAUGUACUACGGGGAGGUGAACGUGGCGCAGGACGAGCUUAAUUCAUUCCUUGCUGUUGCAGAGGACCUCAGGGUUAAAGGAUUGACUCAGAAUAAGAAUGGUGAAUCUGUACCGGAUCCUAAGCCCCGAACCCCACCUGUUAAAACUCAUAUACCUGAUCGGGAUCCUCCUCCCCCGGCUAAACGUCCCCGUCCUACUCCCCAGGCCGCCCUACCGCCCCCAUCUAACCCUGACGACGAUAUUCAAGAAGUUGUUCCAGUUAAAUCUGAACCCAAGGAUUCCGUCCCCAUCCUUCCUUCUCCUUCUGGAUACCAUAGUCAGGCUCUAGUCCAGCAGGACGAGUAUGAUGAACGGUAUGACGAGUAUGAUCAGGACGGAUAUGACGACCAGUAUCUAGGAGAAGGACUGCACCAGGACACGGAAAAAGUUGAAUACAGUGGAGAGGACUUGAGCAAUUACAUGAAGAAGAAUGAGGAUAGAACGUACACCUGCUCCCUCUGUGGGUUCAGUAACAAGAUUAAGACCAAGGUGGUCUACCACCUUGAGGGGGUACACUUCAAGGGGUUCUUCAACCUACAGUGUAGUUUAUGUAGUAAAAUUUGUCCAGGAAGGAAUUCAUUGAGCACACACAUGUCCAGGUUUCAUCCUAGUAGUCAUCCCAGCUGAUUCCAUUCAAGUAAUCUGAUUCAACAGCUGAUUCCAUUCAAAUAAUCUGAUUCAACAGCUGAUUCCAUUCAGUUAACAGAAUUUUCCAUGCUGAUUCCAUUCAAGUAAUCUUAUUCAUCCCAGCCGAUUUCAUUCAAUUGCUAUCUAUAUUAUAACUUAUGAUGUUCAACGUUUUAUUGUAAACAUGAAGAUGUUUUCCUUUCCUAAUAAACAUCAAUGUUGAGAAA